AUGGAUAAUGUUAGCAAGUAUUAUGUGGCCAAACGAGUGGAAAUUAGACACUCCAUUGAUAGCGAGUGGCCGGCACUUCUUAAACAGGCCUUAAAACAUCCACACAUUCACACAUUUCCAGAUCCAAUCCACCAUAGUACAACUGGCAGCAAUAUUUUAGCGUUGGAAUGUGGUUCUGAUCACCAGAUAGCCCAUUUAGAUAAUCUUAGUGCCAAUUACUUGGUUGCUGACGGAUGUUCUCAAUACCCUAACAACAUCGCUGCUGAAAGGACAGAAUUCGUCGGCAAAGAUAUGGAUUCGAGUCAUGCCCUGGAAUUACCUGACUCUAUGCCAACACCUACAGCAUUCAAUGAACAAAUGAUGGAAAUUUUAGUGGUUAGUGCGAGAAAGGCAAUGACCAGUUAUGUAACCAGCAGUUAUACGUUAGGAUCCAGUAAGAAGAAUCUGAGUGCUAGCAGCGAUUACGAAGGGCUUACGGCUUUAAAGGAUGCUUUAAACCAGUUAAUUUACUCAAGAGGCACCGAACUGGAAGUUAUAUUGAUUACCAGUGAUUUUUCAGGGUUGUUAAAGUCAAAUGAGGCAAUUGUCACAAAAUGUACUAAUAAUUUUCGCACAGAGCUGAACAAAAUGGAUAUAAAGAUAACGACAUUUUACGAUUUGGCGGAGAAGGAGUACAAGCGCACAGAUUUGUACCGACUCCAAAGAGAUUACUCUUACUUGGACAGCAAAAAAACAUUGUUAAACACGCUAGAUUUACCGAAUUCCCCCAUGUACACUAUCAAUACAUUGUAUUUUAAGGGUUCUAAUGCUACAAAUUUUUACAGCAUAAUUUUGAAUCGAGUGAAACUAUCAUUGGAGAAUGACACGGUCAACUCAUCAUAUUUUCGGGUCAAUUAUUUGAUCACAAAUUUUCCCCUUCUCUACGGAAAAUUGUGCAAUAACAAAAUAAGUUUCGACAACAGUAUUUAUUUUGACGGCAAAUUAUCCACAAAUUUUAAAAGGACAAUUGUACAAGGCCAUUUAACGCCUGGAAAACUGCAAUUUUUAUGUUCAAUACUGAUGGAAUUAGAAAAUAUGAAAGCAUUCAAAAUGCACGAAAUCCUAGUGUCUUAUGACGCCGGUUUAUUGAAUGAUAUGCACGAAAAGACGUUGCACAUUGAAAGUAAUCGCAUUUUCAAAAGUUACGCCAAGCACCAGUCAAAACUAGCCAAAAAUUACCCCUGGUUGUACAAAUACUUAAGGGAUUUGGUCCCCCAAACCAGAUUUACCCUAAAUAAUAUAGAUACUCCCACGUUAAGCGUUGGAAAUGAAUUAAUACCCUUGUCUAACGGACCGGAAAUUGAAGUCUGUCACUUUUAUACCCAUCCCAAGCUUGAACCACUGGUAAAUCAACUGGUCCAUAGGGCUGAAACCAAUACUUUUAAGAUCAAAAUAAUUUCACAAAAUACAUGCGACUACACACACACAAAUUUACAUAUUUGCAAUAUGGCAACGAUGAAUUUAUACAAUAAAUGGGCAUUGGAUGAGCCAUUGAUUGAUUUACCCAAAUUAAGCGCAAAUGAAUAUAUUUCCAAACUGUGGCUAUUGCACAUUUUGAAUCACAAAAGACAAUUAAGGAAGCUUCUCUUCCAACAACAUCCCCUUAGACAAGUGGCCACCUUUACAUAUUUAGUAAAAAACAUCAGGAUAAAUCAGCUAUACAGAUUUUGCGUGGAAUAUGAUAAGCUGGACAUCAAUACCACAUGUACCUAUUCCCACGUCGAUUGGUCUCAGGUUAAUUUCAACAACACUGACGAUUUUUAUCAUUUAGUUACCCAGCAGUAUACCAAAGUAAGCAUGGAGUCUGCGGACAAUAUUACCACAAUUGUUAUAAUAUGUGUGGGAGGUUCGGAAGAUACCAUAGAAGAGUGGGAAAAUUUCAACAUUACAAAAAUGGUGUUCGAUUUUGACAGUGUAAUGAUAAAUCCACACCAGUGGGAUAUCGGUAAACAAUUAAACAAUCCACUUAGUAUAGACCACAUAUUUACUAAACUGGAGCAACUGGACGAACUCAAUAUUUCUAGUUUCAGACAUUUGCUCAACCUUAGUCAUAGUAGGUGUUAUGAUAUAAUACAUAGCACUCAACUUGACGUUAACAACCUAUCUGGAGACAUUGGUAAGAGUGAUAACGUUUUGUUUGAAAAUAUGAAAAAUUCGAGAAUAGUACCACUAUGCCUGUCAAACAACAUGCUGAGCGAUGCUGAAAGAAUUAAAGACUUAUUAGUUGCCAAGGGCCUUACUGUGGCUGAACCUGUUAACAUGGGUUGGAUUUACGACUGUUAUCACUAUGGGCUAGUAGAUUAUGGCAAUUCUUUGGAGUUGCAUAGGGGAAUAGUUGAUCAUAAGUUUUCAUUUUGGGGCUGGACAUUUUUUGUAAUUAACGAUGCCCUCAGCAAAUUGCCUAGAAUCGAGAUGAGGAAAUCUUGGGGAAUAGAUUUGGUGACAGUGGGACCUGCUGAAAAUUUAUCGCAAGUAAUAUCCAAACAUUUUACAGAGCGUAUAACACAGUUUGAACUAAGUGAAAGCCACCUUCAGUAUUUGGGUAGCGAUAUUAUUUACACAAGAUAUUUAAUUGUCAAGGGCGAUGCUAAUGAUGAUAGGAUCGGCCAUGAUGUAAACUAUUUUACCGUAAAAAUUUCGGAAAAACAACUAGUAACUCUUGGCUACUCGAGUUGUUUUGGGAUAAAAAUAUGCGUAGAAAGGGAGACAGAAUCACUAUUGGAUUAUAUGGGUGAAAUAUGA